AAAGGCUUACAAGUCAGAGCACUACAGGGACACUGGAGGCAGAUCCAACUGGGUGGUGACAGGCACUGAAGGUUCCCCGUGCAAAGGACAUUGAAUAGUAAAGCCUACGUUUUCCUGCCUUGCAGGUAGCUGACAAGGUUUACCCCCAAGGACCAGAAACAUGGGCUGCGUCAUCGAAAAGGCAGAAGUGCUGGAUGGAGCUCACUUGAUGCGAAUCAUCUGGCAGGAUGGUACAGACUCUAUCUACCCAGCUGUGUGGCUCCGGGACAACUGUCAGUGUCCCGACUGCUACCUUGAUUCGGCAAAAGCACGGAAACUUCUUAUCGAAGCUCUUGAUGUGUACGUUGGGAUCAAAGAUUUGAUGUUUGACAGGAAAAAGGUUCAUAUCAUGUGGCCAAAUGACCAUCACAGUGAAUAUGGAGCUGAUUGGCUGAAGAAAAGAUGCUUUUCACAGCAGGCCAGAGAAAGACUCCAGAAAGAAUUGUUUUUGCCAGAGUGUCAAUACUGGGGCUCAGAGUUCCAGCUGCCUACUCUGGAUUUUGAAGAUGUUUUAAAAGAUGAUGAGCACGCAUACAGGUGGCUCUCCAGCCUCAAGAAGGUCGGCAUCGUGCGACUCACAGGAGCAGCUGACAAACGAGGAGAAGUUUUAAAACUCGGGAAAAGGAUUGGUUUCCUUUAUCUCACAUUUUAUGGACAUACUUGGCAAGUGCAAGACAAAAUCGAUGCAAACAAUGUGGCUUACACAACUGGGAAGCUAAGCUUUCACACUGAUUAUCCAGCCCUCCAUCAUCCACCUGGGGUUCAGCUUCUGCACUGCAUAAAGCAAACCGUCACUGGGGGUGAGUCAGAAAUUGUAGAUGGAUUCAAUGUGUGCCAAAAGCUCAAGGAAAAAAAUCCUCGAGCAUUCCAGAUUCUGUCCUCCACCUUCGUGGACUUCACAGACAUUGGAGUGGAUUACUGUGAUUUCUCAGUACAAUCCAAACACAAAAUUAUAGAAUUAGAUGAUAAAGAUCAAGUGGUUCGUAUCAACUUCAAUAAUGCAACUAGAGACACGAUAUUUGAUGUACCUGUCGAGAGAGUUCAGCCUUUCUAUGCUGCUCUGAAGGAGUUUGUUGACCUCAUGAACUGUAAAGAUUUCAAGUUCACUUUCAAGAUGAAUCCAGGUGAUGUGAUUACCUUUGAUAACUGGCGCUUACUUCACGGCCGACGAAGCUACGAAGCCGGAACUGAGAUAACCCGCCAUCUAGAAGGCGCUUAUGCUGAUUGGGAUGUGGUCAUGUCAAGGCUACGUAUCUUAAGGCAGAGUGUCCAGAGUAGAGACUGACUCUCCUGUUGCUAACUUCAGGAAGAUUCCAAUGAGUGUAUUUUUAAGAUAUGACAAGGUUAUUUGUCUUCACAGACCAUGAGCCAUAUCAGUUAUGUAUUAAUCUCUUUAACACUGAACAUGUCAUCUUUCUCACAAGAGUUCUCUUUUCUUUCUAAUCAUAUACAAUGCCAACUUUUUAGAUGUUGUAGCCAUGUUCCCUCUUUUUCAAAUAAAGCAUCUCUUCUGUUCA